GGCAAGUAGGCUCCGCCUUCUGUUCCCGGUAUUCCAAAUCUGCUACCGGUUUUAGGCGUCCCGGGGAGACAGGCCUUUCUAAGAUUCUUCCCCACUUACUUGGUGUCCGUGUGGCCUUGUUGUGUCUGGGUUCACAUUUUCCUCCAUCCAGAGCAUGGGCUGACUCAACUGUGGCUGACAGCAAACAUUCAGGCUGACAGGUGCCCUGGGAGGGGCCAUGGUGCCAAGACAGUUGUUGGGGAAACUGAAGCAGCCAUUUCUCUUCCUGAGCAGUGCCUCCCUCCUCCUGGGGCUGGCUUUACUGGUCAUACAGUCUGAUGUCGCCCCUGUUGCUUACUUCUUCCUCUGCUUGGCUGGCUUUUGCUUUAUUGCCUGCCUCCUGGCCUGUGUUAUGGAACGGUGCUCCCAAUCGAUGCCAAGCUCCAGGCAGACUGAGAAUCCAGAGGCCUCAGGCCAUGCGCAAGACAAUGGAGCUUUUGAGGUACCAACCUAUGAACAGGCUGUAGAGGUGAUGGAUUCACAAUCACAGAGCCACCUCCAAGAGCUGGAGCAACCACCCUCUUACAGCAGUAUCAUAAUAUCCCCAGGAGUUGAGGGGGCACAGUCUAGCCAACCAGACAGUCCCAGCACAGGCAGUCUGAAGAGGCGAGUGGGCUCAGAGGGGACAAUGACUGCCAGAGGAAACCCUGGAAGAAUUCUUCGACUUAGGGGUCCACGAGUUGUGUUCACUGCUCCUGAUCUGCAAAGCAUGAGAGUGGCCCCCAAACUGGAGCCUAAUACUCCACCUCCUGCCUAUGAAAUCAGUUUUGCUCAUGCUGAUGAUGACAGUGUUUUCUAUGAAGAUAAAUGGAUACUUCCCUAAGCGGAGCUCUCAGAACCUGUGCACUCAGGUGCCCAGCAUUUCCUAGUGUCUAUUGGAUCAGAAACUGGUUUUACCCGGACAUCACAAUCGAGGCCUUCAAAGCAGCUGGGAGUCGGGCUGUGGCAUGUGGUUCACAGAUAAAAUGGCACACCUGGAUUCUUCUGGAAACAUUCUGGAACCUAUCUGAUGACCAGUAUUUCCAGAGUAAGGUGGAAGAUGAGAGAGAUAAGUUACCAAGAGAAGCUGGAGGGAUACCUCUGAGUGACUGCUGUGUUUCUUCUAUUGCAGACACCAAGUCUCCCUAAGAUUCCUGAUGGGGUAUUACCUACCAAGAUAAUGAGAGCUUCUAAGGGUGAGGGGAGCCGAAUAGUUUGCACAAGAACGGAAUGCUAGUAAAAACAUAAAAAUAACUCGAAUCAAAUUCCAA